UCUUUUUAGUCGACGAAGUAAACGGCGUGUAACGGGCAAUUGUGAUAGUGGAGAGUAUGCCCCAUAAGAGCAUGUACAACGCGGGUUGUUAGUCAAUCCUUAAGUGUAAUCCUUAGCUUUUUGUGAUUAAAUAAACAAUAAAAAUAUCGAUUAAGCUAAGGAUGAAUCCUAAAUUAAGGAUUAAAAGGACGGAAUCCGUAAUGCGCUGGCGUUACGUGAGUGGCUGGAGUCACAUUUGUUUUUGGUGGGGUGAGUGAAAAAAAAACGCGAAGAAAUUCAUUUGUUCGACCCAAGGAAAAAAAAAACCAGAGGCGUGACGGAGGCGAUAGAGGGGCGAAUCGUGAUCGUCGUUGUCGAAGGUACAGAAAUGGAGGAAGAACUUCGAGAUAUGAAAGCACACAAAGCGUACAUCAGCAUGGUUGAUUUCGUUGCAGAAGCGCAACAGGGCAUUCCCAAACUGUGCCCCUGUGGCUCAAUCACGAAGGAAACCGUUGAUGAAGAGGACACUUACGACUACCUCCCUGGGAAAAGAUACUUCAUCUGCAAAGACUUCGAGAAUGACGGACUUCAUUUCAGGCAACCAUGGGUUACGGGUGUGACAGAAGAGGUUGAGAGGCUGAAACUACGGGUUCACGAGCAUGAGAAGCUUCUCAGAGAGUGUGAGGCACUUAAGGUGAGAUUCAAUUGUCAGUUUCAUAAUAAAGUUAGUUGUUUGUACUACAUUUCUAAACCAUUGUUUGGUUUACCUGUUCUCUGUACAGGCACAGGUUGCAAUGCUGGUAAAGCGGGUGACAGAACUUGAAUUACUGCACUAAGGUGAAGUACAAGACAUGUGCCACAUGAAGACAAAUGAUGCUGUUUCAGUCACGGGUGUUUCUUUUUUCCUUGCGCAUGUGAACCAAUUCAGAGGUUCACGGGUUGUAUGUUUAGCUGCGGCUUUCUAUUGUUUUUUUAUAACCAUGUCACGGGUUCUAUGUAACUUUUCGUGCCUUUAUAAGGCAGUGUGUAAUGUUUCAUUUCUUGUACUCUAAACUUGAACCACUCCAUGUAUCAAACGUACGUUUAAGAAUUCUCAACAUUGUCUUUCGCUUGAUAAAGUCUUAAGUCUUCACAUAUCAAGGCUACAAGCCAAAUAUGGGAGAUGAAGUGGAUCGCAGAUUAAAUGCGGCUUUAGAUGAAGCUGUCGAUGAAUAUUUGGAAGAUACAUACAACGACAUCGUAAAGAAGCAAAAAAAGAAAGAGAGAAAACGUGCAUAUGUCGAAAGAAACCGCGAAGAGGGCCAUACCCGUCUAUGGAAUGACUACUUCAGUGAAAAUCCAACAUUUCCGCCUCAUUUAUUCAGACGCCGUUUCCGCAUGAACAAGGACGUUUUCAUGCGUAUUGUCGAUCGUCUCUCAGAAAAUUAUCCUUUCUUCCAACAAAGAAGAGAUGUUGUCGGAAGAUUAGGUCUAUCUCCACUACAAAAGUGUACGGCAGCUCUUCGUAUGCUUGCUUAUGGCUGUGCGGCUGACGCCGUUGACGAAUACCUCAGACUUGGUGAAAGCACGGCACUUUCAUGUUUAACGAAUUUCACAGAAGGGGUAAUUGAUUUAUUUGGAGAAGAGUAUAUGCGAAGACCCACUCCAGAGGAUCUUCAACGACUGCUCGAUAUUGGAGAGAUUCGCGGCUUCCCGGGAAUGAUAGGAAGCAUCGAUUGUAUGCAUUGGGAGUGGAAAAAUUGCCCAACCGCUUGGAAAGGACAGUACACCCGUGGAUCAGGAAAGCCAACAAUUGUCUUGGAAGCUGUAGCUUCCCAAGAUCUUUGGAUUUGGCACGCUUUUUUUGGUCCUCCAGGUACCUUAAACGAUAUUAACGUCCUCGAUCGAUCUCCUGUUUUUGAUGACAUUUUACAAGGUCGAGCUCCAAGGGUACAAUACCUGGUAAACGGACACCAAUAUGGUUUGCCUUACUACCUCACAGACGGCAUAUAUCCAAGAUGGUCAACAUUUAUCCAAUCUAUCUCAAACCCUCAAAGUCCUGAAGCACAGUUAUUUGCUAAAGUUCAGGAGUCCACCCGAAAAGAUGUGGAGCGUGCUUUCGGAGUAUUGCAAGCUCGAUUUGCAAUAGUUAAAAACCCGGCUAUUUUGUGGGACAAGACCCAAAUAGGGAUGGUUAUGCGAACAUGUAUCAUAGUGCACAAUAUGAUAGUGGAAAAUGAACGCAAUGGAUACAGCGGGUGUGAUAUAUCAGAGUUUGAAGAAGGAGAAUCGAGUAGAAGUUCAGAGGUGGAUAUGUCAUAUACUCGCAGGCCUUCAAAUCUCCGAACUAUGCUUGAAAUACGUACUCAAGUUCGUGACCCACAUACGCAUGAACAAUUGAAAUUUGAUUUGAUCCAAAAUAUUUGGAACAAGUUUGGUAAUGAUGAAAAUGUUUAAUUGUUGUAUGUUUCUAUUUUCUCUUUCAAUAAAUAAAAAUUUUAAAUUUUUUUUUAAAAAAAUUUAUUAAUAAUUUUCUAAGGAUUCCUUAACGGUAACACCAUUGGAACAAUAUUUGUGAUUAGAGUCCUUGACUAUUCAUAAAAAAAAAAAAAUAAUAAUAAACUAAUGUUAAGGACUCCAAUGGUGGGUAACACCAUUGGAGGUGCUCUAACGUUCUUAUUUCGUUAAUCUUAUUAAAUUGCGAAGAAAUAGUCACGUUGGUUUGUACGGUAUGGCACGUUACGAAGAAAAAG